AUGGACGCAACGGAGCUAAAGAGAGUGUUCCAGAUGUUCGAUAGGAACGGGGACGGGAAGAUCACCAGGAAGGAGCUGAGCGACUCGCUGCAGAAUUUGGGGAUCUACAUUCCGGAAGGGGAUCUCACGCAGAUGAUAGAGAAGAUCGACGUCAACGGCGACGGGUUCGUCGACAUGGACGAGUUCGGGGAGCUUUACCAGACGAUAAUGGACGAGCGCGACGAGGAAGAGGACAUGCGGGAGGCAUUCAACGUCUUCGACCAGAACGGCGACGGGUUCAUCACCGUUGAUGAGCUCAGAUCUGUGCUCGCCUCCCUCGGGCUCAAGCAAGGCCGGACCGUCGAGGACUGCCGAAAGAUGAUCAUGAAGGUCGACGUCGACGGCGAUGGGAUGGUCAAUUUCAAGGAGUUCAAGCAGAUGAUGAAAGGCGGUGGGUUUGCUGCUUUGAGUUCCACUUGA